UUCUUGUGUUUAUCAACUUUCUUUGUUUUUGGGGAGUUCUUGGUUCUUGAGUUUUUUGGGGAAGUUUGAAAUGGGUUGCGAAUGAGAUUUUGGGGUUUUGAGGUUUUGUGUUGAUUUGAGUUUAUUAUCUUGCUGGGUUGGUAAUUUAUAUUUUUAUUCAAGCAAAUUAUCAGUUUAUCAGUUUCGAUUCGUUGUAAUUUCAUUUUCAAUUUCACAUACAAGUAUCUAAAUCCAAAUCACCCAUCCAUUCAUACAACCAUGCAACAACAACAACAACAACACCAACAACCCCCCUCUCUCCUCCUCCAACCUCCCAGCCGCUCAGACAUGCAACGCGUACGGCAAAUGCUACGAAUAUGGGAGCAACUAAGCAGACAUUGGAAAACAUCCUUGUCAUAUUAUCGACAAGUAGGGUGUCAGGGGUGGAAUAUUGAUCGGGCGAUUUGUAUUGGGAUUGGGGCGUUGGGGAAUAGGAAUUUUAAGGGUGGGAAGAGGAGGAGGUGGUGUUUGGAUGGAACGUAUGACGGGAAGGGGUUGAAGGGAUUGUGUCAGCUGGUUUUGUUUCAGUGUUGGGUGGAGAUUUUGAGUUGGUUGCCCUUUUUCUUGUUCUUUCUUUUUUGAAAGGGCGGGGGUUUGAUUUGAUUUGAUUCUGGGGGGUUUUCUUUGGGGAUGGAGAGUUUGGUUUUGUUUGUUUGUUUUGAUGGAUUUGAGUUUGAGUGGUUCGUUAUGGAUAUCGGUAGUGUUGUUGGAUGGAAAAGUACUAAACUAAUAUCCUUUCCAGAAGAAAAGUGCGAAAUCAAUGAUAACGCUAUAUACUUUUAUUUCCCCGACGGCCUAAACACAAUCGAAGAACUCUUCAUGCAAGGUCUUGGAUAUGGAGAUAAUAUCGUUGGACACUACAAAGAGCUGCCGUCAGAUCUGAUCACACCCGAAACAUUUCUAUUUGGAAUGAGUAAACAUGUUAAAUAUUGGCAUAAAAACUUGCUGACUUUGGCGAUUCCUUCUAUGUCUAUUUUGGCGCCAUUGGAGGUAAAUGGGUAUUGGGAGAAUUAUUCUCGUCAGUAAGUUAUCUCCUGAAGAUUUAAGAGUAUGAUGGGAGGGAGGUUGAUGAUGUAUUUGUAAUGCACGGAUAUACUUAUAUACUGACUCCAAAUAGGACUCAACUGAUAUUCCGGACUUACUUAAGUGAAGUAGAAAGUAGAAAACUCGGUCCUCUUGUAAAUAUAACCUCGCUCCCUCCUGACGAACAAAAACGACUUAGGAGAGACCUCGACACGAAGGAAAGUAUCGAAUUGCUUAUGAGUGAAAUAUUAAUGCAUUAUAAGCUUUACUAUCGAAGUGAGUCGGAUUCGACAAAAGAGAGAGUGAGACCUAUGCAAGGAUGGUAUAGACCAAUGACAUGGCACAAGCUUCCUGGACCUGCCAGUAUAUCGGGGGAUAUAUAUAACUUGGAUAAAAUGCAGAGGAAAUGGAAAGCGAAGAAUGUGUCGUGGUGGCGGUGGCUUGUUAAAAAUUUACCGUUGUUGAUUUAUUUUGAUAUGUUAUUGCGUUGGAUCGGGAGGACUUUUGUUCAUUCUUUUUGGAAGGAUGAAAAACCGCUAAAUGAGGAACAUAAAUGGCCGGUGGAAGGAGUGUGGGAUUCGUGGGAGGAGGGUGGGAAAGUGUGGUAUUUGGUUGAGAAGAAGAGGAACGGGAAAACGCAUUGGGGACAUUGGCCGAGUGAAGAUUUGGGGCCCGGGGUGUAUGAAAAGGUUCAAGAUUUUCAUUUUGUGAAUUCAGGGAGGAGGAUAGGGAAUGUGAAGAUGGAUUGGCGGGAUUAUGGAAAGCGGUGGUUUGGGAGGUAUGUUUGGAGUCUGUACGAAGAAGUCGAGUAAAGUUCUCAUGGGGUUUCAUAUGAAAAUGUGGGAUCUCCAUUGGAAUAAGGUCCUUCUGAAGAUAAGGUAGGAAGACUGGGACUAAAUCGGAAUUCGGAAAAGUUUCUCGCUCAUGCAUGAAGAAUGACUUAUAGCUUCUUGACCAGAUGAAAAUAAAAGCACGUGGAUAACUGUACCACAUCACGUGAAGAGCAUUCCAAACGAUAAAUAUAUUGCCUGCUAUAGAUGAAGGAACGAACAGGUUGGCAACGCAGGUAGACAGCAGGAAAGAGGCAAGGGAAAGGCAGACCAGAGUUCAGCAGCAAUGCAAUACACAAGCGGCAUGCAUACCAUGAUUCAUCUUCGUAAAUACCUUACUUGAGGCAUAGAAGAGGAUUAGAUGUAGAGGACUAGAAUACAGAUUGGUUCUAAAAUGAACGCUUUUCAUGCUCCUCGAAAUCAUGGUGUGGUCAACGAUAGUCGCAAAUGAACCA